UCGAGAUCGUCGAAUCUAAUUAUCUUUAUGACCACAUUUGUCUUUCACUUUAAAAAGAAAAUGAUACUGAAAUAAUUUGCAUCCUACCUCCUCUCUCAGUUCCUUUUAUAUCUCAUGUACCAAGCAAGAAGAAGAGGAAGGAACCCUUUUUCGCAUUUUAAUUACUAAACUGACUUGUUCUGUGUAGACGCUCAAGCUCUGAUUAGCCUUUGAGAUCUAAGAUGGGCGAGCCACUAGGACUACUCCAGGUGACUGUUAUUCGAGGAAAGAAACUGGUGAUCCGAGACUUCAAGUCAAGUGAUCCUUACGUGAUUGUCAAACUGGGAACUGAGUCAGCCAGGACCAAAGUGAUAAACAACUGCUUGAAUCCUGUGUGGGAUGAGGAACUGAGCUUUACACUCAAAGACCCUGCAGCAGUUCUUGCCUUGGAAGUGUUUGAUAAAGAUAGGUUCAAGGCAGAUGACAAGAUGGGUCAUGCUACUCUCAGCCUUCAACCGCUUAUCUCAGUAGCCAGACUAAGGCAUAUAGUGCGCGUCUCCUCUGGUGAGACAACGCUUAGGAAAGUGUUGCCGGAUUCUGACAACUGUGUAUCUCGGGAGAGCACAAUCAGCUGCAUAGACGGGGAGGUUGUGCAGAGCGUGUGGCUGAAGCUGUGCGCUGUUGAAUCAGGUGAGAUUGAGUUGAAGAUCAAGUUUAUUGAUCCUCCUGGAACAAAGGAGCAUUAGGGAUUUUAUGAUGCUACAUGUGUGGGGGUAGUUAGUUUGUAGCAAGCAACUCGUUUGUCUAGUGAUUACUGCAACAUGUAAUGGUCUUUGUAGCAAGCAACCCGUUUGCCGUUGUUCCACAACAUGUAAUGGCAACUAAUGUUUUCUCAGUACAACUCUUUUGACUUCAGCUUGUUGACGUGUUGCCAGGUCAGAGAAGUGUGUCUAUUGUUAUAGAACGCAAAGUGUGUAUAUUGUUUAAGUUUGUGUGUCAUGAGACUCCUUAACUUUGUAUUUGAGAGCUGCAAUGAAAGUGUGUUAACUAACAUUGAUACACUCCUAGUGAACUGUGGAAGCCAGUGAUGUUUACCUUUACCCACUCACCCAGAUGCUUAGUGAAUUGGGAGGUAGAUUUCUUCAGAGUUUGUUUAACAUUUUCCAAAACCACAUAAAUUUUGCUACAAAUGUCUAUUAAAAGGAUCAAAUAACACUAUACAUGAAUCCAGAAGUACAUACAGUUCAAGACUUUAUUCUCUUUGCUUCACUUUACAUUUGCAUGGCUAAGGAGAUGAGCUCAGUGCUAAGUGCUCAGUCCUCAAUACUUACUCAUUUGAAGGCACUGAAAAGAACUCCUUCAGAAGCAUUCAGGGUUGAUCAUCUUCCAAGUUUUUUCAUUGACUGGCUUUUCUCUCAUCAUCAGGCUUCCCCAGACCAUUGCAGUUCUCAAACUUGUGCAGUUCAGAUUCAAUGGUUUUAGCUAUCUGAACACGUUCAGCUUCAGGCUCAGGAAAACCAACGUGGAACGAUCCUUGCUUUGCAGGUUCUGCUUGCCCCUGUGUCUCAUAAUGGUGCUUCACAUAGUUGUAUAGCUGUUGAUGAAAGGGAUGAUC